UGAGCCACGCCCAAAACAACUCAAAUUAAGCGCAGCAAGCAAAGCUGCGAAAAGCUGGAUAACUGUCCAUUCUACUAUUGCAGUAAUGCCUUACAAAGUCAAAAGCUACGGGGUUUUUAGUCCUCACUACGCCAAACUUUGCGGAGAUUUUGGUCGUGGCUUAAAAGUCAUCCACAGGCGAGUAAUAACAGAGAGGGAAGUGGACCUGAGCGAGGAUCUUCCUGACAGCCUAGACGGCCUCCCUGCUGAGCCUCAAGGACCUGAUCCAGUCAUUGAAAGCAGCUAUGAAUCAUGCACCACCUUUCUGCUCUUAGCAUGGAAGCAGACGAAAUCCAGCAACUCUGCCAGACGAUAUUACGUCCUUUUGGAGUUUCAGAACAAUGAUCUAGCCUCAGAAGGAGAUGUGCUGAUAUACAAGGUGUAUUCCUCAAAGCACAAGCAAGGGGCAGAGCAAGCACUGCAAGAGGUAAAGUCUUCCUUAGAGCCACUCUCAAUGAUACCUCUAUCAGAGGAACUGAUAAAGAAUGUUUUACUCCCUCAGCCGAUGAAUACGCUUCAACUCCAAGAAUUACUGAGCGAGUACAUUACAAAGAAAGUCCCCAAAAAUCCAAAAGACUGGAGAAACCUUUUAGACAGUAACAAGGAAUUGCUCAAUCAGCAUGCAAUGGAUCCCGAUGCAGUGAGUGUCCUAGAUUCUCCUCUUAAUGGCCAUCAGUUGAUUGUUGGUGAUUCAGUGACUGGUACUACAGUUGUUCAUCUUGCAGUAAAGCAAGGCCAUAAAUAUCUCAGAGAGACACUGGAGGCACUUCAAUCCCAGCUCCCUCGGCAAGCAUGCACUGAUCUCAUUAAUCGUUCCAAUAAGGACGGGUUUUCGACAAUCGUAAAACCAAGACGUCGCUCAGUUGCAGUCCUGGUAUCGGUAAAAUCUUUCUCGAUUGAGGAACAACAAGACGGGAAGGAGUCUGAGGCUGAAGUGGAGGAUACCACAGAAACUGUUAUCAAGACUCGGAAAUCCAGCAAAGUGUACUCGUUUGAGUUGGGGGCAGUUACUCCACUAAUGCUAGCAGCUAGACAGAAUAGUGUCAGAUGUGUCCAUUAUCUCCUCAUUGCUGGUGCUAAUCCAAACUGUCAAGAUUCCAAUAAAGGAAUGAGUGCAUUACACAUUGGAGCUAUACUCUGUAGUGUGUCAAUUGUAAAGCUACUCCUCUGCUUUGAGGCAGAUCUCACGCUAACUGAUGCUGACGGCAGGACACCAUUGGAUAUUGUUAGUAACAGGCAGGGAAAAGAAGCAAAGGAUUGCAUGGAAGCGAUGCAGAGAGUACAAGAAUUACGUGCAAUGCUCCCUUCAACAGGGUUAUUUGUAGUAACAAUUGGAGAUGUAGAAGAGCAUGUUGAAACACCUAAUGAAAGCAGUGAAGCUCUUGAUGCUAUUUCUGGCAAUAAACUUCCUGAUGAUAAUAUCGUGCUAUCAGCCACAGUUCACUUAGAGCCACAAGAUAGUAGCUCUACUAAUGAAAACACAGGAAAAGAUCAAAAAGGAAGCAAAGAGUUUGUACCAGACUCUGAGAAUGAUGCUGAAAGUGAAGAAGAAGAAGUGAAGUCAAAGCCAAGAACUAGCAAGGAUGACUUUGUCACUUUGCUAUCAUUUGAUGGCGGUGGAACUCGUGGCUCCUUAAGUGCCUUUAUGCUUUAUCAAAUUGAGCAGAAAAUGAGACAGAUUUCUGGUGAUCAUGACCUACAAAUAAGCCAAUACUUUAACUGGUAUGCUGGAACAAGCAUUGGAUCAUUUCUAGCACUUGGAAUGAGUCACAGGAAUUUCACAACCAGCUCUCUAAUGGCUGCUAUCGUGAACUAUAGAGAUGAAAUAUUUGCAGGGCGAAGGAUAUACUCUAGUGCUCCAAUUGUAGAGUAUGGACAGCGAAUACUAGGUGAGGCUGACAUUAAGAGUAUCAGUGACCCUCGGGUCCUCAUAACAACGGUAAAAGCUGAUCGUGAUCCACCUUCACUCUAUUUCAUCACAAACUAUCGAGAAAAGGCUCAAGAAAACAAGAGAGACUGGAAGGUAUGGGAGGCAGCAAGAGCAUCAACAGCCGCUCCGUUAUACUUUCAUGCAUUCGAAGACACAUAUGUUGAUGGAUCCAUACUUGCUAUAGUACCGACAAUACACGCAAUGACUGAUAUACAAACAUACGAUAAAGAUAGACGUUUAAAACUAGUCCUCUCUCUUGGGACUGGUGAAAUUAAAACCGACACCCAGCUGAGCUAUCUCAAGGUCCCAAAGCCGCCAAAUUUCUUUGCAACAAUGAAAUCGAACUAUGAUGGAGUCAUAGCAUUGAUAAUGGCUGCUGUCACCUCAACAGACCCGACUAUUAAUAAUUGUAGGGCUUGGUGUGAAAUGGGAUCAAUAGACUUUCAUCGUCUCUCUCCUUCAUUAAGUACGAGUAUACGUAUUGAUGCUAAGUCAGAUCCAGAGUUUGUAAUCAUGUUCUAUGAAACGUAUAUUUAUUGCCUGGAGAAUGGAGCCGAGAUUGAGAGAGUAGCAAAGAGUUUAUUGGAGUUAGGGCCACGAUAUCACCAGCAACAAUAAUGUCAAGUAAAAAAUAUUGAUUAUUUAUUCCUUUUUAUUUCAUUUAUUUAUUAACAGCAAUUAAAAAAACAAAAAGCAAAAUU